CCCUCAAAAAAAAUUCAUCUCUUCCUCUCCUCUCCGGGCAGCCGCCACCCUCUCUCCCCACCAUAUUUUUUUCCGGCGAAAGCCACCGGAGGCAGUCGCCUCUCCUCCUCCCCGUCUCCCUCUCCGGCGCCCUCUCUCUCUCCCUUCACACUUUCUCAUUUAUCUCCCCUUGCCCCUAUCUCUUCUUCUCCUCCUUUUCAGGCGAAGGAAGCUGGACAGCAACUCCAGUGAGCAGCCAGCGUAGCAACCAGCAGCAGCGAGGAGGAGGAAGCCAGCAACCACCAGCAGCAGCAGCGAACACCUCCUCCACCGGCACCAGCAGCUCCGGCGACCAAAGCCAGGCAUGGCAGACAGCAGCAGCCAGCGAAAGCCAGCUCCCACUCCGGCCCUUUUUUCUUUCUCCGGCGAGCAACAGAACCAGCAGCAGCAGCUCAAGGCGAGAAUUCCGGUCAGCAGCUAUUGCACCGCUAGACAGGGCAGGUUUAGAGGAAAAGCUUUGAGUUUUGAUUUGUUAAAAAAUAUUGGGUCUUAUCAGAUCCAUCCAGGGUUUGAACUUAAAGGUUCAAGACAUGAAGAGUCACCAUGGCAGUACAAUAGACAAAUUGAUUUAAUUUAUCUUUUGUAUAUUAUUUAUUCUUUUAUUGUUUUGUAA